UUUUUAUUAAUCAGCGUUUUAUCUGUCCUUCUCCUUUCUCUUCAAUCUGGGUUUGGUGGGAGAGGUUUUAAGUAAAGCGUGCGAUACAAAAACACAGACAUCCUCUGUAACUCCUGUCUUCUUGCUCUCUUCUUCUUCUUCUUCAUCAUCAUUUCUCUGCAGAAAAGUAAAAGAUUCAACCUUUUAAGAUUUAUUCAGAUAUAUUCUUUUUCUUUUCUCCGCAAAAAGACGAGCUCGUGUUGAAUAUUUGAAGAUUCCGCGCAAAAGAAAGAGAAAGACUAAACCUUUUACUUGGUUUGACCAAACACAACUGGUUUGGUCUGAAUCUCUUAUAUGGUAGACAAAAAAAAUAAUUCGGAUUUGUUUUGUUUUGUUGUUGUCUUAAUUGAGUCAACUACUGAAUUUGAUUCUCUCAAUCAUCAUGCAAAGAGUACGCAAUAAACCCAGCAGAGGAGGAGCCACGACGGCUUCGGUUAAACAUUUAAUCAAACAGAGAGGCGGAGGAAGUGGCGGCGGAGACACGGCGGCUGAUGAUAACAGCCUCUUGACAGACACGCAAGAACCGAGCAUCGAUACGGACAAACUCAGCUACGAGAUUUUCUCCAUGCUCGAGAGCAAGUUUCUUUUCGGAUCAUCCGAACCCGAACCCGUGAACCCGCCGGCGGUUACCGGGUCGGUAAAGAGCCAGAGAGGUAAAGUCUGUAUCUUGAGCAUUGACGGAGGAGGGAUGAGAGGAAUUCUACCCGGGAAGGCGUUGGCUUAUCUAGAACACGCUUUGAAAUCGAAGUCGGGCGACCCGAAUGCCCGCAUCGCCGAUUACUUCGACGUCGCCGCCGGGUCGGGUUUAGGCGGAAUUUAUACGGCGAUGUUAUUCGGGUCGAGAGAUGGUAACCGUCCGAUAUUCAAGGCAGAGGACACGUGGCAGUUCCUAACGAAAAACGCAAAGGGUCUUUACGGGUCGUCUUCGUUCUUGAAACGGGUCAUGAGAACAGGGUCGUCGGGCAGUUCCGGUACGAGUAAGUUAAAGAAAGUGAUGAAAGAGUCUUUCUCGGAGUUAACUUUAAAGGACACGCUCAAACCGGUGCUUAUACCUUGCUACGACCUUAAAAGCACAGCUCCGUUUCUGUUCUCACGCGCCGACGCGCUUGAGACGGACGGGUAUGAUUUUCGUCUCUGGGAGGUUUGUAGAGCGACGUCGGCUGAGCCAGGGGUGUUUGACCCGGUGGAGAUGAAGUCGGUAGAUGGAAAGACCAAGUGUGUGGCGAUCGGUGGAGGGUUAGCUAUGAGUAAUCCAACGGCUGCUGCGAUCACGCACGUGUUGCAUAAUAAGCAGGAGUUUCCGUUCGUGCGUGGAGUUGAGGAUCUGCUUGUGUUGUCUCUUGGUAUGGGACAGUUGCUUGAUGUUAGCUUUGAGUAUGAUCGGAUUAUCAAGUGGACGGCUAAGCAUUGGGCUCGACCUGCCGCUCUUAUUUCGAAUGACGGUGCUGCCGACACGGUGGACCAAGCUGUGGCGAUGGCGUUUGGUCACUGCCGCAGCAGUAACUAUGUUCGGAUUCAGGCGAAUGGAUCAAGUUUAGGACCUUGCAAGCCAAACAUAGACACAGACCCGAGUGGGAGCAAUGUGAAAAUGCUGGUUGGAGUAGCGGAGGAGAUGCUAAAGCAAAAGAAUGUAGAAUCGAUUUUGUUUGGAGGUAAAAGAAUUAAUGAACAUAGCAAUUUCGAGAAGCUUGACUGGUUAGCUGGGGAACUAGUUCUUGAGCAUCAAAGAAGAAGCUGUAGAAUUGCUCCAACCGUAGCGUUCAAGCAAACCGCUCAUAGGGCUGAGCAGAGGACAAGGGGCAAGGAUAUUGGUGUGACCGCAAGAGAGCGAUGA